CUCUUUCUUGGUUGCUAAACAAAAGCAAGGCUUCCUCCCCUUCCCAACACAGACAGCACACACAAAAAUAAUAAGAGAGAGAAACACGAAACUCUCCACACACCCCAGAAGAGCAACAUUCAUACCAUAAGAGAGAGAAAAACUCGACGAUUUUUUGAAAAUAUUAUUGCGGCUGCUUCAAUUUCUACUCUCCAAGAUCAAUCAAUUCAAUCAAAAUCUUUAUUAAUGCAAUCAAAUGAAUUUGCUGUUUAAUCAUAAUUUUCAUUUAUUUCUUAACUCCUUUUGAUUCGAUCUUUUUUGGAAAAAAUUUAAAGAGAAUUGAAAAAAUUUCUUUGGGAUUGUGCUUUUUUCUCAAAGUGUUGAAUAAUUCCCACUUUAUUCCUCUUUUUUAUAAAUUUUGAAGAGAUUCUUCAUUUUCAAUUUGGUAUUUUUACUCCUAUUUUUGAAAGAAUUUUCGAAUUAGGGUUUCAUUUUAUUUAUUUAUUAUUUUAAUUUUUUGUUUGUUCUGGUAGAAGUAGUAGUACUGCUGCUGUUGGUUUUUAGUUCGGUAAGAAAUUUCGGAAGAAUCUUAGGUUUCUGUCGGAUCGGCAGCUGAAAUUACGGAGGUGUGAGAAUAUUUGGACUUUGAUUUAGGGUUUGUAUUGAUCAUAGAAAUCACUAGUAGUUGAUAACUGAAGAUUACCGAGCUUCCAAUUGUUGAGCUGCUCAAUUUUAUUGUCGAAUUUGAGUUUCGACUUCAGUGGAUUUAGUGCUGAUUCUGUUGAUGAGCAUUGUUUAAUCUGGGCAUGGAAGAGUAUUGUAGUUAUAAAAUCAGGAAAUAGAGAGGAUCAUCGAGUUUUUUCGAUACUUUGAUUCGAUUCAAGCUUGUUGCAGUAGCUAAAGAGUUGAUUGUUGGAAGAUCAAUUGGAUAAAAUUUCAACUUCCAUUUGAUUUUGGUAGCUUUGACCCUGUUAUACUACCCCUUUUGAUAGGGGAUGAUAUUGUGUUCUGGGAUUUGAGAAUAAGGUGGAAGAUAGAGAGAAUCAUAGUAUUGCUCUGUAGUUGCCAUCGUUUUUUCUGAAGUAUCCAAUUGGGGCUGUUAACAAUCUAACACCAGUUACAUAGUUCCGGGGAUAAAAAUCAUUGACGAUCCUUUGAAAACUCGGUUGCUGAGCUCAUUUAGCAUUGGCUUUGAGUUUGUUGUGGCAAGUGAUUUGUGUGAAUUUGAAUUUUGAGUUGGUUGGCUGAGAGUCUGAGACUGAGUUUAUGGAAGUAUAUUGAAGCUGGAAAUGUAUGUGGGGACAUGGUGCAUGGACAAGAGCUUAGUUGUUGGUUUGGUCCCUGUUUGGAACAUUGCCUUAGCAAUAGCUUACUAGUCCGAGUGUUUGCGCUCGCAAGGGGUGACAGAUUGCUGAGGCCCUUGGAAGUUUUGCAAUGUCUCGUUGCUAUCCUUUCCCUCCUCCAGGAUACGAAAGGAAGCCUAAAGCAGAUGGCAACGUUCACACUGAUGUGAUUAAAAAGGAAAAGCACAAAGAAAAGAAGCACAAAAAGGAUAAGAAAGACAAGGAGAAGAAAGAUGGAAAAGAAAAACGUGAGAAAGAAAGAAGUGAUGAAAGACAUAGAGAAAAGAAAGACAAAAGGGAGAAACGUAGAGACAAAAAGAAAGACAAGGAGAAGGACCGAGAUAAAGAUAAACAUAAAAGCAAUCUUCUUCCAGUUGAGAAGAAGAUUGUGGGUUCAGCUGACAGCCAUGUUUAUAACCCCUCCGAGAAGAACAAGGAGAGGGAAAGUGACAAAAAUGCUAUUUCGGCUGAGAAGAAAAUUGGUGGGCUUUCUGCAGUUCACAAUGGAAUCCCAGUUAGUAAGAACAAUCACCAGAUCUAUGAGGCUAAGAGUUUUAAUCAUGCCUCAGAUCUGGGCAGGAAGAGCGUGGACGAAGAAAGGAGAACAAUCAAUCAAUAUCCUAAUAAGAAUAUUGGUGCAGAGAGAAGGAAGGAUGGAGUUGUCAAGUUGGAUUCAAAGAGUGGUGGAUCUCUCCUGGAUUCAAAGGAAAGGACCAAAGAGAAACCCACUGUUGAUGAAAGGAUGGAUGGACGAGGUGCCAUUGGUGAUGCCAAAUCUGGUGGAAGUGCUUUGGUCUCCAAUCCUGUUGGAGUGGUUCAAAACAGAGUGGGAGGAAUUGUCAGGCCCGUGGAUAAGAAGAUUGAGCAGAAAGUGGAUGGGAAAGGAAAAAAUAGGGAGAAAGAAGGCGGUGAUAGAAAAGGAGAAAAAAGAAAGGAAAAAGACAGAGAGAAAUCAGUUCUCAAGGACAAGGACAGGAAAAAGGAGAAGAAGAAAGACGAGAUAGCUAAGGCAACAACUGAACAGAAGCAAAUUCAUGUGACAAGAAUGAAAGAUGGCAGUGAUGAUCACAUGCAGAAGCCAAGCACAAAGGACGCAAACAAGAAGGAUAUUUCAGGUGUCCAGAGUGUUGGGUCUCAAAACAAUGCAAAGGAUAGCAAUUAUCACGCUACUACUAUGAAUAAUAAUCUCAAGAAACGAAAGGACAUUGGUCUCAAUGGAAUUUAUGAUGAGUUUGUCACUCGGCCUAAUAAGCUGGCAAGAACAACAGCUUCUCCCCAUCCCUUGACGGAAAAUGGAAGGAGCUUGGAGCCUUGCCAGAAUUCUGCUGCAUUUGCUCCUGUUACACAGCGCCCUCCCACGAAUAGUAUAGUGGAACAUAAUCUUUCUCAUGAUGAUACACAGAGGCCAGCCAUGAAAAUUAAAGUGGAUGGCAAGGAAUGCAAGAUAAAUGGCACAGUUGCUGAACCGUCUACACAGUCUUCUCGAGAAACAACUGCAAAAGCAGAACGGAAAUCUGUAGCUCCUACAAAGCCACCUCAUCCAGAUACCAAGUAUCUUGACCAGGUGCUUUCAGUACCUAAAUUGGAUGAAUGGUCUGGUUUUGAUGACCAAGAUUGGCUGUUGAACAGCAAUUGCUCCCCAACAAGGAAGCCGGAGGUCAAAUCAUCUGGGAUCAAUGAGAUGCCGCAGGUAUGGGCAAGAGCCUUGUGGUUAGAACCAGUAGAUGUUUAUGCUUUGCCAUAUGUUAUUCCGCACUGAUUGGCUCCAUGAAUUGUGGUUGUGGUUAUUCUUUACCCCUGCUCUAUGAGGAGGAAAUCCUAGCCAUGCUCGGAAAUAUUUGCAGCAGAGGCUGUGAGAUUGAAAUUCCAAAUUUUCUGCCUCAAAAGCAUGCUCCUUGAAGCUACGAAUUUCGUAGAUUGGACUGAGCUCUUCCUGCAUGUUCAUUAGCAUCUAGUGUGGUUAUUUUUCCAGAGCUUUCUCAAAUUGAAGGAAGCUGUCGGUUGUGUCACACCUGCCUCAGCUAUGAUGCUGCUCGCUCCAAGAGCUAGGGUUUGAUGGCAAUUUUAGGGCCUCCUGGCACGAGAUAAAUUGAUUCUUUCAUAAGGGGAGUAAAAUCAGCUUCCCUAAAAGCUAUAGUCGCUACGGUUGGGAGAAUUGUUUAGAUGGGAGAUGUAUUAGCUUGUGAAAAUAUUUUUGUUAGAGCAAUGGGAGCCUUUGCUAAUCUUUUCAGUGUAAGAGAAACUUAGCUGUGGUGCAUGCACCCACCGAUUUUGAUUUGUAACAUAAUACUCUUAAUUUACAGAGAAAUGUAACAUAGAAGGAAAUGGGAAGAGGUAGCUUGAUAUAUACUUCGUAUAUAUAUACUACGUAUGUUUUUUCCUCGUAUGCUUAGGAUCAUUUAAAUUGAUUUGAACUUUUGAAGUGAGCCAGUUCUCUAGCAAAAUAUCAAUGGUAAAAUAGCUACUUUGUAACAGAGUAA